AUGCUCCGCAACUGCGCCGCGAGCCAUGCCGCCGCCGUGAUGUCGCAGCCGCCUCGCAGCUGGGGGCGGGCCUCGCCGCUGCCCUUCCGGCCCGGCUCGCCGCUGUACGCGCCAUCGCCGCCGCCCAUCGCGGCGCGCCGACCCGCCGCCUCGCCCUCCCCUGGGCCCGGGGGCCGCCGCCUCGGCUCGCCCUACCUGCCCUGCCCGCGCCCCCGUUGGGCCUCUCCGCCGCCCCCGGGCGUGCCCCUGCCCCCGGGCCCGCGCCCCUACCGCCUCCCGCCGCAGAGUGCCUCCCCGGGCCCGUGCUUCUCGCCGGACAUGUUCUUCUACCCGCCCUACGAGGCGCAGUACGUGGGCGUGCCGCUCGAGCCGCCCGGUCACGUGACGGACGACGAGGACCAAUCAGGCCUCUCCACCGCCGACAUCAUCGCCAGCCAGUCGCAGGACUACGUGGACGAGAAGCUGGCCGAGUACCAGGCCACCAUCCUGCAGCUGCAAGGUGAGCCUCGCCCCCCGCCAACUCUCGCCCGAGUAGGGAGAGAGAGGUGGUUCUGGAACACUCUGCGCUUCUUGCCUUUUAACCCACUUUUUUUACAUAGUAAUGUUAUAUUUUCUUCUAGCUUAAAUUUUGUACUCCUAAGUGGUUCAUAACCACCAUGCAAUGUCUACUUUUGUGUAGUUAGCAAUGAAAACUUUUGAAAGCUAUUCCGCGAAACUGUUGAAACGACAUUUCGGCCUAUAUCUGUGUGAACAUAUGAAAAUUUCAAAUUUUUAAAAAUCUUAUUUCAACAUUGGCACUUGAUAUUGGCCUUACAUAAUGUAACCAAUAAAUAAACAAAUUGUUACAAGUUAACACAAACGUGUGUGCAUGUACACACACACAUAUAUAAGCUGUUGCCAACUUAACUCGAUUAGAGCUAAGCAGUAAUUCUGGUAUAAUGUGUGCACUUACAUGCAAUACUAUUUCCAUUGAUUUUUUUAAGUGAUCAUACAAUAUAGAGUUAUUUUAUACAUUGUAGUACAUUUAUUUUAUUUAUAGUAGUACCUUUAGAAAUCUAGUGUAAGUGGUUUUUCUGUAGCUACACGCAAAUGUGAAACAUUACGUUCGCUUUAAAUGUUAUGGUAUUGGUCUCACGCACCAUGUCUAUUUUCUGAAAAACUUUUAUUUUUAGAUUUUCAUGAAGAAGGGUUUUUAAACUGAGUUCACAGAACUUUAAUGGCAUGCGAUACUGAGCUGUGAAAAUAAUCAAAAUAAACGUAACUUAAUUAUUUUAGCAUUUAAUUUGAACCCCUGGCUGACAUUGUAUGGCCUCACAUAAUUUGUAACAAAUAUUUUGUUAUAAUACAAAAAUUAAAAAAAAAA